AUGUCAUCUGAAGUUAUCAAUCAAGUUGCGAUUCUUACGGCCAAACCGGAAAAGCGUGACGAGCUCGUUACGAAAUUAGCCUAUAUUACCCAGAAGGUUCAGGAGAACGAGCCUGAGACUAUUUUAUACUAUGCUUACUCUAUUGCGGAUACAAAUGAAGUCAUAGUCGUUGAGAGAUAUGUAAACCAGGACGCAUUGGACAAACACCGUGCUGCACCAUACUUUCAGGAGCUCAUUAGGGACGCCCCAGCACUGUUGGCAAAACCCUUUGAGCUCAAGUCCGGCAGACACUUGCUACAAGACUCGGCACAAGUUAUCCGCCUAUGA